AUGCCGAUGCCGAUGCCAAUGCCGAUGCCGAUGCCGAUGCCGAUGCCGAUGCCGAUAUGGACCCGCCCGUCAUCACUCUGCGCGAGGAGCUGGCUGCCAUCUCACAGGGAACAACAGGUCUUCGGACCUGGGAGGCAGCCCUGCGCUUCACCGAGGUCAUGAUAUCCCGUCCCGACAUUAUCCGCGAUCGUUGCGUGCUCGAGCUCGGGGCUGGCAUGGGCCUGGUGGGGCUGGCCGGCGCAAUGCUCGGCGCUCGUUCAGUGUGGAUGACCGAUGUUAACGAGCAGGUUCUGCGGCGUCUCUCCGAAAAUGUCGACCUCAAUCGGCCUCUGCUUGAACAGGGCUCAGGCUCUCUCGCGUCGGUCUCGGCCCUGGACUGGGAAGGCUUUGAUGCCGCUGAUCCGCGAUGGGAGCGGGCCGUCGACACUGUCAUCUGUACCGAUGUGACCUACGAUCCCUCCAUUGUCUCGGCUCUCGUUCGGGUGUUGGACUUUUACCUUGCUCGCGGAGCCACGGGCUGGAUGGCAGCGACGAUUCGGCAACCAGAGACCUUUGAGCUCUUUGUUUCCUGCCUCAGCGACGCCGAUAUCAAGUACUCCAAGCUGGACGUUGACGCCAUUCCCAAGUGGUUCUAUCACGAGGAGGAGAUUGCCGGGGUGGUCGUGCUUCAAAUGACCAAAGACGUUGUGCCGUGAGGCUUCAAAUCGCCGCAAUAAGAAUACACCGACUGAGAUUUGCGAGA